UUACAUAUUGGCUGUGACCUUACUUUUAAAGGCUUUUAUGCUUGCAUAGUAAAGCCAGGGUUAAUUGCCACCCAAGACUUAGCAAAUAAUACCAAGACACUUCUCACGUGGUGCUAGGUUUGUCUGUUGGUCAGAUCAGAAUUCAGCUUCCCAUCAACUUGGUUGGAAGGAAACUGAAAAUGUCCCUUCAGCCAUGCUAGGUCUAUAAUGGGAAGUGUCACGGUUCGGUAUUUCUGUUAUGGGUGCCUUUUUACAUCUGCAACCUGGACGGUGUUGCUUUUCAUCUAUUUCAAUGUCAGCGAAGUGACUCAGCCCCUUAAGCAUGUGCCCUUCAAGGGGUCCGGGCCCCAGGGGCCAGUUCCCAAAAAAUUCUAUCCCCGCUUCACUCGAGGCCCAAGUCGAGUAUUAGAAUCACAGUUCAAAGCAAACAAAAUGGAUGAUGUGAUAGAUAAUAAUAUUGGAGACUCGGAAAAAGACCACCUAAAGUCCUCUUCUGAAUUGGGAAUGAUUUUUAAUCAACGUGAUCAGGAGUUGAGAGAUUUGGGCUAUCAGAAACAUGCCUUUAAUAUGCUUAUUAGUAACCGCCUGGGGUACCACCGAGACGUGCCCGACACCAGGAAUGCAGCGUGUAAGGAGAAGGCGUACCCGGCCCGGCUGCCCGCCGCCAGCGUGGUGAUCUGCUUCUACAACGAGGCCUUCUCCGCGCUGCUGCGCACGGUGCACAGCGUGCUGGCGCGCUCGCCCGCGCCCCUGCUCCACGAGGUCAUCCUGGUGGACGACGCCAGCGACUUCGAUGACCUGAAAGGCGAGCUGGGCGAGUAUGUCCGCAAGUACCUCCCCGCCAAGGUCCGGCUCGUGAGGAACGCGCGGCGCGAGGGGCUGAUCCGGGGCCGCAUGGUCGGGGCCGCGCACGCCACAGGCGAGGUGCUGGUGUUCCUGGACAGCCACUGCGAGGUGAACGUGGCGUGGCUGCAGCCCCUGCUGGCCGCCAUCCGCCGGGACCCGCACACGGUGGUGUGCCCCGUCAUCGACAUCAUCAGCGCCGACACGCUGGCCUACACCGCCUCGCCCGUCGUGCGCGGGGGCUUCAACUGGGGGCUGCACUUCAAGUGGGACCUGGUCCCGCCCUCCGAGCUGGGCGGGGCGGACGGGGCCACGGCGCCCAUACGGUCGCCCACCAUGGCCGGGGGGCUGUUCGCCAUGAACAGACAGUACUUCAACGAACUCGGCAAGUAUGACAGUGGCAUGGAUAUCUGGGGAGGAGAAAAUUUGGAAAUUUCAUUUCGGAUCUGGAUGUGCGGCGGCAGCCUCUUCAUCAUCCCCUGCUCGCGCGUGGGGCACAUUUUCCGGAAGCGGCGGCCCUACGGCUCUCCGGAGGGCCAGGACACCAUGACCCACAACUCCCUGCGGCUGGCGCACGUGUGGCUGGACGAGUACAAGGAGCAGUACUUUAACCUACGACCCGACCUGAAGAGCAGAAGCUACGGGAACAUCAGUGAGCGCGUGGAGCUGCGGAAGAAGCUGGGGUGCCAGUCGUUCAAGUGGUAUUUGGAUAACGUUUACCCCGAGAUGCAGAUCCCCGGACCCAACGCCAAACCUCAGCAACCCCUUUUCGUCAACAGAGGCCCCAAACGCCCCAAGGUCCUUCGGCGUGGACGGCUCUACCACGUCCAGUCCAGCCGGUGCCUGGCGGCCCAGGGCCGCCCCAGCCAGAAGGGGAGCCUGGUGGUGCUGCGGGCGUGCGAUUACACGGACCCGGCGCAGGUGUGGGUUUACAACGAGGAGCACGAGCUGGUGCUCAACAGCCUCCUGUGCCUCGACAUGCCCGAGACGCGCUCCAGCGACCCGCCGCGCCUCAUGAAGUGCCACGGCUCCGGCGGCUCCCAGCACUGGACCUUCGGGAGGCAGAGCCGGCUGUACCAGGUGUCGGCGGGCCAGUGCCUGAGGGCGGUGGAGGCGCCGGGCGCCCCGGGCGCGGUGGCCAUGGGCAUCUGCGACGGCUCCCCCUCCCAGCAGUGGCGCCUGCAGGGCUGAGGCGGGAAGGGCUUCCGCGCCCACGGCGCCCACGGCC